AUGGUAACGAGAGGAACUGCACGAAUACUGACUGGGAUGACUGCUCCCAAGAGCUGUGAAGACAGCAAGCUGGGAGGUUCCUCCUGCCUCAGCCACAAUGCACACUCAGAACUUGAGUCAAAAUCAACAGGCCAAGAAUCGCCAACAGCCAGAUCACAAACUGCUUUCACUGGCAGAGCUUCAGUUUACCACAAACCUGAAAAACUCUUAUUUGGCCCAGAGCUGGAGUCCACUUCUCACUGGGAUCCCCCUUCAGUUACUCACAAGCAGCUCUCUCCCUCUGGGGGAUGGGACAGGGAGCCCUAG